AUGGACACCAGUCCUGGUCUGGAUCCUCCUGUCACUGGAUCAUCUGCCAAGACCCAGCUCUGGGCUGGGAGUGCCCUCAGGCCUGAGGAGCUCUCUGCAUCUCCCGCUGCAGAUCCUCCCGGGGGAGAGGAGGAGAACUCUGCCCUGGCCGGGGGCGCCCAAGAUCCCAAGGUCUGGAGGGGGCUCCGGGUGCGAGAGCAUAGGGGGAGCCUGAGCAGCCGGGGCGCCGGGUGCCCCAGGCGGGGACGCGGCCCUCAGUCCCUGGAGGUCCCACUUGACCUGCGGCUGCGGAACCCGAACCCGGCUCACCCUACCACAGUGCCCAGUGAGACCACCACAGCCUCCAUGGUGGCAUCUGUGCCCAUCACGGUCUCCACCAGUGAAACCACCACAGGCUUUGAGACCACCCACCAUCACUUCUACCAUAGCCUCAGGAACCCCUGCAUAACCUCCAGUAAUACUAGUACAACUGUCAACAAUGAAUCCAGCCCAACUUCCAGUGAACCCACUACAGCCACCACUGGAUCCAGUGCAACCUCCAGUGAGACUAGUAUAGCCUCGAACACUGCAUCCAGCAUGACCCAUGGUAGUCCUAGCACAGCCACUAAUGCUGGAUCCCAAGAGACCUUCAGUGGAUCCAGCUCCAGUACUGAAUCCAGUGUGACCUCUGGAGGGUCCAGCACAACCUCUGACAAUGGAUCUAGCAUGAUCUCUGGAGGGUCCAGCACAACCUCCAGUACUGGAUCUAGCAUGACCUCUGGAGGGUCCAGCACAACCUCCAGUACUGAAUCCAGCAUGACCUCUGGAGGGCCCAGCACAACCUCCAGUACUGGAUCCAGCGUGACCUCUGGAGGGUCCAGCACAACCUCCAGUACUGAAUCCAGCAUGACCUCUGGAGGAUCCAGCACAACCUCUGACAAUGGAUCUAGCAUGACCUCUGGAGGGUCCAGCACAACCUCCAGUACUGGAUCUGGCAUGACCUCUGGAGGGUCCAGCACAACCUCCAGUACUGAAUCCAGUGUGACCUCUGGAGGGUCCAGCACAACCUCUAGUACUGGAUCCAGCAUGACCUCUGGAGGGUCCAGCACAACCUCCAGUACUGAAUCCAGUGUGACCUCUGGAGGGGCCAGCACAACUUCCAGUACUGGAUCCAGCGUGACCUCUGGAGGGGCCAGCACAACCUCCAGUACUGGAUCCAAUGUGACCUCUGGAGGGGCCAGCACAACCUCUGACACUGGGUACAGUGUGACCUCUGGAAGGGCCAGCACAACCUCCAGUACUGGAUCCAAUGUGACCUCUGGAGGGUCCAGCACAGCCUCUGACACUGGAUCCAGCGUGACUUCUGGAGGGGCCACCACAACCUCCAGUACUGGAUCCAGCAUGACCUCUGGAGGGGCCACCACAACCUCUGACACUGGAUCCAGCGUGACCUCUGGAGGGGCCAGCACAACCUCCAGUACUGGAUCCAGUGUGACCUCUGGAGGGUCCAGCACAGCCUCUGACACUGGAUCCAGCGUGACCUCUGGAGGGUCCAGCACAACCUCCAGUACUGGAUCCAGUGUGACUUCUGGAAGAGCCAGCACAACCUCCAGUACUGGAUCCAGUGUGACCUCUGGAGGGUCCAGCACAGCCUCCAGUACUGGAUCCAGUGUGACCUCUGGAGGGGCCAGCACAUCCUCCAAAACUGGAUCCAGUGCAAUCACAGGAGGCUCUGAUACACCUUUUCUAAUUGGAACACACACAACGUCUAACAAAAGUAACACAAGUGCUGCAACUCCAGUGGAGGAAGUGAAGCCCACUGGGUCCCUGAAGCCAUGGGAAAUCUUCCUCAUCACUCUGGUCUCAGUUGUAGUGGUCGUGGGAUUCUUUGUUGGGCUCUUCUUCUGCGUGAGAAACUCCCUGUCCGUGAGAAGUGUCCUUGACACAGCUGUCUACCGCCCCCAUGGCCCCAACCUCAGCCGGGGCCCUGGAGGGAAUCACGGAGCCCAUCACAGGCCAAUGUGGAGGCCUGCCAGGCCCUGGAACAGACCCAUAUCCUCAGGAACCAUGGAGAUGAGAGAAAGUCACAAACCCUCUGGCAACCGGGGCCCGGAGUCUUCGGGGAGCAGCUGCUUCCUGGGACGCCCUCCUGGACGUCCCCGCCGAAGGGUGACGGUUCAGGGCCCCCGGCAGAAGGCGCCUCAGGGAGACUCCCGGCGGGGCCCUGCAAGCCGCGGGAGACCACCCCCGGGCCGCGAGCAGGGAGAAAGGGGCUCAGUGGAGACGCGGGCCGGGAACCGAAGGAGCCGGAGCGCGGCGGCGCGGGGCCGGGCCUCCCGCGAGCGGGGCUGGGCAGCUUCUUGGCUGGAGACGGGCUCUGGGACCCUCUUGUGCUGGGGCCUCGGCGACCUGCCGCGCGGGAAGCACGGCUACGGAGUGGUCUAG